AUGCCUCCAAAGCGAAGACGACCAGGAGAAGUAGCGCAGGCAACGCAGCCACCGACAAUCGACCCCCGAGUGCCCUCACCAGCUGUGACGCGUGCUGCCACGCGCCAGACGCCCAUCUACCCGCCGCCGAUACCGAUUUCCAGUCCGCCCAAGACGGCUGCCGCCGCCACCGCAUCCUCUGUCGCGACACCUGUGCCCCUUCCAAUUGUUCCUGGCCAGGCACCCUCGCCGCCCAAGCUUGGCGGUGUGUGGCCCAGGUCCGCGCGCGCCACUCGAGUGCGGCCGCCGCCCGUCUCGUCGGCGCCUGCACCAGCGCAGCGUGACUUGUCACCGCUUCCCAACAACAGCACACGUGCGAUGGGUGACACGGGAAAGGAGAAUGUUCGUGCCACGGGCUUCAUCGCACCGGAAACUACCUACCACAUUGCAUUUCCGCAUCAACAGAGCAGAGUGCCAACAUCAUCAUCUGCCAAUCAUCACGGCUAUCUCGCCACGGCGCCUCGAAUAGAAAUGGCCUCGAAUCCUUCGACCGUUACUCCUGUGCUGCCUCCGAAACCACCGAUGCUCGCCGGCAAACCACCGCAGAGCUCCGAUCGCAAUAUUGACAAAGUAGUUUUUGGUAAUCUCUGCUUCAAAACAUGGUAUCCGAGCUACUAUGGAAAGGAGGUCUUGGGUGAUAUCUCUGCGAAUUCGAGAAAUGGCACUAAAGACCACGGCAUCGAAGCUGGCAAGGCACAUGGAAAAAAGGAUCGUGAGCAUCCCCCAAUGCUUGAGCGACUGUACGUUUGUCCAAGUUGCUUCAAGUACGCCAAAGAACUCGUGGCUUGGUGGGGUCAUGUACGAUCCUGCGGGCUCAAAGGCCGUGUCCCCGGCAAGCGGGUCUACGUUCACCCCCGAGGUCGGCGCAAGAUCCGUGUAGCGCACGACGGAAAAGGCCCCGGUCCCAAGAAGCGUCGGGGUGACGGCGGAGUGCGUUACACGGAACAAAUAGUGCAGGAUGAAGGCGAAUGGAGUAUCUGGGAGGUCGACGGAGAGAUUGAUAGAUUGUUUUGUCAAAAUUUGUCACUCUUUGCCAAGCUAUUCCUCGACAACAAGUCGGUGUUCUUUGACGUGACAGGCUUCAACUACUUUUUGUUAGUGUACACGCCGCCCUUCAAGCCACCUGUCGGCAACGAAGCUCCCGAGGCCCCUGUCCCUCAAGUCACGGGCUUCUUCUCCAAAGAAAAAAUGUCGUGGGACAACAAUAACCUGGCAUGCAUCCUUGUAUUUCCACCAUGGCAGCGAAAAGGCCUGGGGGCACUUCUCAUUGGUGUCUCGUACGAGAUAUCGCGACGAGAAGGUAUUCUCGGUGGACCAGAGAAGCCCAUUUCCGAUCUCGGCAAAAAGGGCUACAAGAGAUUUUGGUCCGGUGAGAUUGCGCGCUGGCUGCUGAGCCUCGACGUGCCCCAGAUCCCGCCGCCCGGCAUGGAGCUCAUGGUUGACGUCAAUGACUGCAGCGACGCCACCUGGAUCACGCCCGAAGACUGUCUUGGCGUCCUCCGCGACAUGGACGUCCUUGAAGAUGCGGGCGUCGGCCCCGGCAAGCCCGUCAAGCGCCAAGACACGCACGACGCAGAGAGCGACGCCGAUGAAGUGGACGGCGCGGACAAGAAGCACGCUACGCCGACAUCACCUGCGCAAAUGCAGCUCGGCAAGCCGGUCCCGCGCGUGCGCAUCGACAAGGAGCGCAUUCGGCGGUACGUUGUGCAGAACCGCAUCGACCUGGAAAGAACGUGCGAACCGACAGGCUUUGCAGAGAGCUAUGCGCGGAAGACGGGGAGCGAGAUGGUGGAGUAA